AUGAAUAAUAAUAAUAAUAAUAAUAGUAAUAUUAAUACACAUAAUAAUACAAAUAAUUAUACAAAUAAUUAUACAAAUAAUUAUACAAAUAAUUAUAAUAAUAAUAAUAAAAAUAAUAAUAAAAAUAAUAAUAAUAAUAAUAAUAAUAAUAAUAAUAAUAAUAAUAAUAAUAAUAAUAAUAAUAAAUUAUUACCAACAUUACCAAUUUAUUUACAAAAACAUAUUGUAAGAAUAUUAAGUAAAUAUAUUGAUGAUCAUAAUCAAGCAUUUGAAUGGUAUAAUAAACAUUCUCAUUUUGAUUAUUGGAGAGAUGGUUUAAAUAAAAAGAGUGAUGGAAGAAAAGAGAGUGAAUUUAAACAAGAUGUUAUUUCAUUUUCAUUAGUUUGUAAAUAUUGGUUUAAAACAUUAUCAAAUAAUUUAAUUGUAGCAAAUGAUUUUGUAUCCUAUAGAAGAUUUCCAAUUAAAACAGUUUUUAAUGAUAAUAGUGGUUUAAAAGAUCAUUUUAUAAUCAAAAGAUUAGUUCAUCAAAAUGAAAUUAUAAAAUUAAAUAAAAUUUUAAAAUUUUAUCAACAUCCUAAAAUAUUUAAUAACAAUAAUAAAAGAUUACGUGAUGAUGAUGAUGAAGAACAAGAAGAACAAAAAGAACAACAAGAAGAACAAGAAUUUGGUCAAAAAGAAGAACUAUAUCAAUUUAUUGAACAUGAAAAAAAAGAAGUUAAAAAAGAAAAAGAAAAAAAAGAAGAGUUUAAAAUUUUAAAAGAUGAAAACAUUGAAAUUUUAUUAUUGAAUAUAGGCGAAUGGAAUAUUCGUAUAAGAGAUGAUGAACAACCAGAGAUGUUGUUUGAACUGAUCAAUGAAGCAAUUUUAAAGAGAUAUAAGAAUUUAAAAAAAUUAUUGAUAUCUCCAUAUAGUAGAACUGGAUGUCGUCGUUAUGAAUGUAUAGAAUUUGACUAUUUGGUAUUGGAUUGCUUUAUCUAUGAUUAUAGAAUAUUAUCACCUAAAAUUAAAGAAGUCAAUCAUUUAGUAUUAUUAAAUUGUAUUGGUAUCAAUCCAGAACAAGCUAAUCAAUUAUUAAAUAAUUUAAUUUCAAUUGAUACUUUACAUUUAAAUUAUAGAGACCCAAACUCUCAAGAAUUCAUCUUUAAAAUUUUAUAUGAAACUAAUAGUAGUUGUCUUAGUUUUCUAUCAAGAAUUUUCACUGAUAUAAUUCGUAUAAAUGAUAUUUAUUACAUUUUAAGAAUGGCUCCAAAUUUAAAAGAAUUAGAUUUUGACAUUUGUAUUGAUAAUAUAAUUUAUCAAUUAGAAUUAAAUAAUAAUAAAAAUAAUAAAAAUAAUUUCAGUAUUAGUAGUAUUAUUAGUAGUAAUGAUUGCCCAAUUAUUAGUAGUAGUAAUAAUAGCUAUAAUAAUUUUAAUAAUUUUAAUAAUAAUAAUAAUAAUAAUUUUCAACAACAUUGUAAAUGUUGUUCAAAAGAUUAUAAUAUUAAUUUUAUUGAAAAUUGGCAAUCAAUUAUUGAAUUAUUAAAGAAAAGUAAAAGUUUAAAGAAAUUAUCAAUUGGUCAUAAAUGUUGUGAAUAUGGAUCAAUAAGUAAUUCUCAAAUUUUAGAUUCAAAGGAUUUAAACUCACAAAUGAAGAGUAAAGUACUUUCAGAUACAUUGAUUGAUCAAAUUUUAUCGGUUUUCAAAUAUAAUUCUUCAAUUACUGAUUUAUCUUUAGUUAAUAUUAAAGAGUUAACCUCAUUAACUAAUGGUAUAAAAAAUUUAAAUAAUAAUAUCACUCUAAACUAUCAUUAA